AUGGGUGUCACUACUAAUUUCCAUAAGAAAUGGGUUUGUGUGAGUGUUGUUGUAAUGUCCAUUGUUCUUCAGUUGAGUCUAAUCAGUGUUGUUGGUGAUGAUUGUCGAUUUGGAGGCUGUAGGGGUGGCUUGGGUCGUCGUGGUGGCGGAGUAGGGGGAGGUAUUGGUAGUGGUGGUGGCUUUGGCAGUGGCGGGGCGGGACAAGGUGGAGGUGUUGGUGGUGGAGUUGGAGGAGGCAUUGGUGGUGGAGGAGGAGGUGGAUUGGGUGGUGGCUCAGGACAUGGCGGAGGCUUUGGAGCUGGUGGUGGUGUUGGUGGAGGAGUAGGUGGUGGAGCAGGUGGAGGUGGAGGAGGAGGAGGAGGAGGUGGUGGUGGUUUAGGUGGAGGCUCGGGCCAUGGAGGAGGAUUUGGUGCUGGUGGUGGUUUAGGAGGUGGAGUUGGUGGAGGAGGAGGAGGAGGUGGAGGACUAGGUGGAGGUGGUGGUGGUGGAGGAGGAGGAGGUGGAAUAGGUGGAGGUUCGGGUCAUGGUGAAGGCUUUGGUGCAGGUGGUGGUGUAGGAAGUGGAGGUGGGGCAGGUUUAGGUGGAGGAGUAGGUGGCGGCGGCGGACGUGGUGGAGGUGGAGGGUUUGGAAUUGGAAUUGGAAUUGGCAUUGGAGUAGGAGUUGGGGUUGGAGCUGGUGCUGGUAAAGGUGUUGGUGUUGGUGGAGGAGGUGGAGGUAAACCUUAA